AUGAAACCACUCCUGAUGCAGAAGAUUCAACUCCUGCUUGGAAGAAACACUCAGGUAGGAGGAAAUACCAGCUCUGGAAGCAGUGGAUCUAAGAGAGCCCACGAGAGUGAUGCUAGUGACACUAACUCUGUAGGAUCUAGUAUUCGUCAAAUGGGGAGGGAUGCAACUAAAAAAAGGCCAAAAAGAAAGAAAGAGUUGGAACGAUUGAACGCAAUAGCCAUGAAGCAAGAUGAGGCAAACCAAUUGAUGAAAGAAAGGACUCAUGCUAAGAAGAUAAAUAUGUUUUUGAAGUUAAGUGAAAAAGAGCAUCACGAUGACCGAAGAAAAAAAUAUUGGAGAAGUUAG